AUGCUCCACCGCCACGACCGGAGGCUCCUCGACGCGCCGCCGCAAAAUUGGCGGCCGAUCCUCCGCGAUUACGCCUCCGAUUGGAUCCUCCGGCCGUCGGGCCUCGCCGGCGGGUGCUCCGACGGCGAAACCCUAAUUAGGUUCGUGGAAUCGGCUCGGAGGUGCUGGAGUUUGGUCGGCGUGGGGGGUAAAGGAGGGGGAGGGGCGGCGGCGGCGUCUCCGGCGGCGGUGGUGGCCCUGCCGUCUGUGGCGGCGGACGGCGGCGGCGAGUGCGCGAUCUGCAGGGAGGAGAUGGGGGCUGGGAGAGAGGUGUGCGAGCUGCCGUGCGGGCAUUUGUUCCACUGGAUUUGCGUGCUGAGGUGGCUGGGGAGGAGGGACACGUGUCCCUGCUGCCGGCGGCGGCUGCCGAGCGACGACGUCCGCCGUGAGAUCGAGCGGCUGAUGGAUGAUAUCGCCGGGGUUGGCGGCGGCGGGGGUGGAGGAGGAUUGUGA